AUGGGCACCAGAACUAGCUUUGUCACUGAAUAUUCCCGGAGUUUGUUCUACCCUUCAGGCGAGGCAACGAUGUCUUAUCUCUCCCAUCUUCUCCAUCACCCAACUUCCGAAUACCCUUUUCAAGAGAUAUAUAUUCGAGAUUAUGAGAAGGAGAAUAUCACCCAUAUGAUUGAAGCAGUUGCAAAUGACAUCAAAGACACUGAUCGAGCUCGUGAAAGUGUCCAAAGGUCAUCUAACAUCAUAUUGAUCAAGACAUUUAGAGAGAUAGAGGGAAAAUAUAUUGAGUAUCUCUCAGUAUUGAGUGAGAAGAAGAUUGUCCCUGUGGGUCCACUUGUUCAAGAACCCCUUGUUGAAGAUGAAAGCACAGAAAUCAUGGAAUGGCUCAACAAAAAGGAUAGGUUUUCAACA